CGGUGGCCGCGUCAGAGUGUGCCACGAUGAGAUAAAACAAUUAAGCAUCUAGUGUAGUUGCGUUUUUGUAUCGGUGUAUCAACCCUGGAGGACGCGAUCGCUCUUCGGAAUGUGUUUCGGGAUAGCGAGGAUAUCUCUAGGACAUGAAGCAUAUAUGAAGCCUCUACACAAUUAUCUUGACAAGAGAUUUCAAGAACUAAUUAUGUUUAAUAAUAAAAUUAGAGUUGUAUAAAUAUAACAAAACUCUCACCCUUGUAAUCAAACCACCUUCAUUCUUAUUAAUAACCUCUUGAAUGAAUACAUUACAGUUGAAAGUGAGUCAAUAACGAUGAAACAGCAUUUAAUUUUCCAUAAUGUGCUCGAACCCUCAGAACAUCGUUUCCCUCUAUAAUAAACGGUAUUGUAAACGAUGUGUGGCCCAAUAAAGGCGAAAUCCAGUCCAUAUUCUCGGCGAACAACUAUUUACACACACCUACAAAAUGGAACUCUGAACUGUGACGGAGCUCGUAAUUCGGCCAAUUUCCGAUAAUAAUACGUUUUACUUGUGCUCUAGUGCAAAUGAUCAGAAACUUUUGUGAUUUAACAUGUUGACAGACGUGUAGUAAUAAUAUGGACAGUGAAUUAAAUUUGUAACUAUGAGUGAUCGUAAAUUGACUUUACGUUUGUUCAAGCAGUUUUAUGUGUUGAUAUUGAUGGUAGGAUUUGCACCAAUUAUGUCAGGAAACAAAUGGGAAGAGGACUCCAAUAACAGUACUAACUAUAUACUUUCACCUGCCUUUGAUGAUAUAUUUACGAGAGAAAUCCACGCAACUGUAGGUCAGACACUUCUUCUUCCUUGUACAGUUAGGAAUCUAGGGAAUAAAGUGGUGUCAUGGAUAAGAAGUAGGGAUUUGCAUAUUCUCACGUCUAGUCGACAUACUUUUUCCAGCGACCGGCGAUUCGAGUCAGUGCACACUGACAGCUCCGGGGAUUUUUGGGGUUUGAGGAUACGUGGUGCACAUGUCGCAGAUACCGGACAAUACGAGUGCCAAGUUAAUACUGAACCAAAAAUGAGUUUGGCUAUAUUUCUUACUGUAUCACAAAAUGCAGAUGAUCACAAUUCUCUUGAAGAAGAGACCAGUUCCAGUUCCAAAUGGAUCAGCCAAGCUUUGAUAAAAGGUCCCAGUAUAGUAUAUGUACAAAUUGGUUCUCCGGUUACAUUACAAUGUGAAAUAUCUCCUUUAUCUCUUCAGUCUGGUAUACACAGAUUAUUUUUCACAAGUAAUAUGAAACCUGUAGUACGAUGGUUGCAUAACGGUGAAGAACUCUCGUUUGAGUUCACAAAGGAUAAUAUUACAGUCGAGACUGAAUAUAGGGAUAAAGAUCAAAGAAUAUUCAGCAGAAUCCGUCUUUCUUCGGUGUCAUUGGGAGAUGGCGGACAAUAUACGUGUAUGCAACCAUCUGUAAAACCAGACAGUGUAAAGCUGAUUGUGGUGGAAGCUGAACAUUCCGAAGCAAUGCAAAGAGAUUCUCCAUUCUACUCAUCUGGUAUUCCAUUGAGGAAUCGGAAAUAUUUCAUGCUUUAUUUAUUAUUUCUUUUUACAUUUGUCUAAUUUAGGAAAAUCUGCUAAUAAAUAUAUUUUUCCAUA